AUGUCGCAACGCGUGAAUCAACCUUCCAAUCAAAUCAAACUCACGAACGUCUCGAUCGUUCGCAUACGAAAGGCGAAAAAGCGCUUCGAGCUCGCCUGUUACAAAAACAAAGUCCUAGAAUGGAGAAACGGUGUCGAAAAGGAUAUCGAUGAGGUGUUACAGAUUCAUCAGGUGUUUUUGAAUACCUCAAAGGGAGCUGUCGCACCCACGGCAGAUCUACAAAAAGCAUGGCCUGGAAAGAAUCAGGAUGAAAUUAUCCUUGAUAUUCUAGCGAAAGGCGAAUUACAGGUCGGAGAGAAGGAGAGAGGACAACAACUUGAGAUGUUACAGAAAGAGGUGGUGCAGAUCGUUACAGAAAAGUGCGUAGACCCAACCACUGGCAGGGUUUAUACCUCGGGCUUGAUAGAAAAGGCCCUGGAAGGCUUGAUGAGCAGAAACCAAAACAGUGCCACUACUACCACUACUACAAAUGGUGAAGGAAGCAGCUCGGCAGCUCCGGCAGAAAGCAAUGAGAAAGGCAAGGAAAAAGCCAAGGAUGAACCCCCAAGAUGGACCGGUGUCGUUACUACAAAAUCGGCAAAAUCACAAGCUUUAGAGGCAAUCAAGGCACUGGUGUACUACCAGCCCAUCCCAAUUGCUCGACAGAGAAUGAAGCUAAGGAUAUUCCUGCCUUCUGCUGUUGCAAAGAAAGUCAAGCCAACCAUCUUAGAGAUGAUUGGUCAACUAGUGGAUGAGGAUUUUGGAGGAGAUGGUUGGAAUGCCGACGUCAUUUGCGACCCAGGAGUGUAUCGACAAAUCAGCGACCUUGUUGGCAAAGAGGCGAAAGGAAGGGGAAGAGUCGAGGUUCUAGAUACGGCUGUCGCCGCAAACGAUGAGGAUUGA